CUCCGCCGGGCGGAGCCGGCUCCGGGAAGCCCCGGGAGGCGGAGUCGGGUCGGGACUUUCCCGGUACCGCGGCCGGGGCACAGCGGCCGGCCUGCGGCGGGGAUGAAGUGAGAAGAAAUGUGUAGCGUGCCCGUAGGCUCUCCCCUGAUCCUGCCCCUUUGCUAGAAGUCGCCGGUGGUUUUCUGUGGUCAGGCAGACCUUGACCCCAGCGGAACUCCUGCCUGUGGUACUGGCAGUCCCUGUGGCGAUGCUGGGGCUGAACGGGUUGCUGAGACCAACCUCUUCCUCCCCGGCCGGCGGCCGGCCCCGAGCCGACAUGGACGAGCAGUUCCAGCCCUGCCUGGAUGGGAUUGACUAUGAUGACUUCAGUUUUGGCUCACACAUGAUGGAGCAAAAGGAGCCCCUGAUGGAGACAGUGGAAGGUCCCUACCUUGUCAUUAUUGAGCAGCCAAAGCAGCGGGGUUUCCGAUUUCGCUACGGCUGCGAGGGCCCUUCCCAUGGGGGGCUGCCGGGAGCAUCCAGUGAGAAGGGGCGCAAGACCUAUCCCACUGUCAAGAUCUGUAACUACACAGGGAUGGCCCGGAUCGAGGUAGACCUGGUGACGCACAGUGACCCUCCGCGUGUACAUGCCCAUAGCCUGGUGGGCAAGCAGUGCAACGAGGCCGGCAACUGCGUCACGAUCGUGGGACCCAAGGACAUGACUGCUCAGUUCAGCAACCUGGGUGUGCUCCAUGUCACCAAGAAGAAUAUGAUGGAGAUCAUGAAGGAAAAGCUGAAGCAGCAGAAGAUGCGCAACAGGAGCCGUCUGCUGACGGAAGUGGAGCUGCGUGAGAUCGAGCUGGAGGCAAAGGAGCUGAAGAAGGUGAUGGACCUGAGCAUUGUGCGGUUGCGCUUCACCGCCUACCUCCGUGACAGCAGUGGGAACUUCACGCUGGCUCUCCAGCCUGUCAUCUCGGACCCCAUCCAUGACAGCAAGUCCCCCGGAGCUUCCAACCUGAAGAUCUCGCGGAUGGAUAAGACAGCAGGCUCCGUGCGGGGAGGAGACGAAGUCUACUUGCUGUGUGAUAAAGUUCAGAAAGAUGACAUUGAGGUGCGUUUCUACGAGGAUGAUGAGAAUGGCUGGCAGGCCUUUGGGGACUUUUCUCCUACAGAUGUGCACAAACAGUAUGCCAUUGUCUUCCGCACACCCCCCUACCACAAGCCCAAGAUUGACCGUCCAGUCACCGUCUUCCUGCAGCUGAAGCGGAAGCGGGGAGGCGACGUGAGUGACUCCAAGCAGUUCACCUACUACCCAGUGGUGGAAGAUAAGGAAGAAGUGGAGAGGAAGCGCAAGAAAGUCCUGCCUCAGUUUCCUCAGCACUUUGGCGGUGGCUCACACAUGGGGGGGGCCGGCGGGGGGGCCGGGGGCUUUGGCUCUGGAGGAGGUGGGAACCUCAGCUUCCCCUACUCCUCUGGGCUGACCUACAACAGCAUCUACUCGCCCGGCCCCCACCCAGUGGGGAGCUACCAGGGGGGUGUGCAGAUGAAGGGCCCUGAAGCAGAGGGGCCUGAGAGCGAUAGGCAGGCACCUGCAGAAGAGAGCACGUACUGCAAGGAGCUGAAGAAGCACGCCCAGCUGUGCCAGCUGUGGAUGCUGGCGUUAGCCCAUCGCAAUGCCCAUGCCCUGCUCAACUAUUCGGUCACUGCCGACCCCCGCAUGCUGCUGGCAGUCCAGAGGCACCUGGCCGCGUCACAGGAUGAGAACGGAGACACGCCUUUGCACCUCGCUAUUAUCCAUGAACAGACAGCUGUGAUCAAGCAGCUGAUAGACAUCAUUGUUAGCAUCCCCAGCCAGCAGAUCAUCAACAUCUCCAAUAACCUGCAACAGACGCCACUGCAUCUGGCAGUCAUCACCAAGCAGCCCCAAGUGGUCCAGCUCCUGCUGCAAGCCUGCGCCGACCCAACCUUGCUGGACCGCUAUGGCAAUUCCCUGCUGCACCUGGCACUCCAGGCUGGUGAUGAAGAGAUGCUGAGGACGCUGCUGGCUCACCUGGGCUCAGCUGCCCCUUAUCUGCUCCGCUUGCCCAAUUUCCAUGGCCUCCUGCCUGUGCAUUUGGCUGUGAAGGCAAAGAGUUUGGCUUGCCUGGACCUGCUGGUCAGGACAGGAGCAGAUGUGAAUGCAGUGGAGAGGCAAAGUGGAAGGACCCCGCUGCACCUGGCUGUGGAGCUGGAGAACCUGAACAUGGCCACUCACCUGGUGAAAAAGCUGGGAGCAGACAUCAACAGCCGGACUUUCGCCGGGAACACCCCCCUGCACUUGGCUGCUGGCCUGGGCUCCCCCACCCUCACCAAACUGCUCCUUAAAGCUGGGGCAGAUGUUUUGUGUGAGAAUGAUGAGCCCAUGAGCCUAUCCUCGUCAGAGGCCAGUAGCGACACAGACACUGACCCUGAGGAGCAGGAGCUGGCCAUGGAUCUGGGGGAGCCAGCCCUGGCUGCAGAGCACAGCACCAGCCCCAAGCUCUCCACACAAGGGCACUGGCAGCCAGGGCACAGGCAGCGCCGCUGCCACACGUCCCUGGACCUGACUCGGAGCCAGAAGGUGCGGGAGAUCCUGCUGCAGGCCUCUCAGCAGGGGCCCGAGGCACAACUGCCCACUGCCCCCCAGCCAGGGAAGGUGCUGUCACUGGACAGUGAGGCACUGCAGGGGCUGGAGCAGCUGCUGAACCAGGACUGCAGUGGGUCAGACUGGAUCGAGCUGGCCAAGCGCCUGGGGCUGUGCAGCCUCGUGGAGACCUACAAGGACACACCCUCGCCCAGUGUCAGCCUCCUGCGCAGUUAUGAGCUGGCAGGUGGUAGCCUGGGGGGACUGCUGGAGGCACUGGACUCCAUGGGGCUCCACAAUGCUGUGAGGAUGCUCCACAAAACCGAGGCACUGGAGAAGCUGCAAAGCACAGAGCUGAAGGAAGACAGUGCCUACGGCAGUGAGUCAGUGGAGGAGGAGCAGGCGCCCACACUAGCCCUGAAGCCAGGGGGUGAGCUGCCCCCCAGCCAGCAGCCACAGGUGCACUGAGGAGCCAUCCAGCAGCCCCUGUGACCGCUCAGGGAGCUGCACUGCCCUCUGCCUUACCCACACAAGUGCCUUCUGGACUAGGGGUCCGGCUGCCUGGACUCAGGGGGAUGGGAUGCAGCUGGCUCCUGCCCGUCUCUGCUCUUAUUUAAUGGUUUGUCUUCUGAAUAAAAGGACACAGGUUCUAUUAGUCUUUGCCCUCCCUCUCUCCAGCCCCAGCAGUGAGCUGGGUGCUAAUCCUCCUGAACCCUGCCUCUGUCUGAAGUCUGGCAGCAAGGAGACAGCUGCCAGCCCCUCCUCGGCAUCCCUUGGUGCUGGGGCUGUCCCCAGCCCAUGGGGAAGAAACACAGCGCACCCAAGAAGUGAAGAGUGAGUUUUACUUCAGUAACUGAGAGAAGAAGCUGUACAAAGGUUUUUUUUUCCCCACCACCCCCCAAGCCACCUGGGGCAAGGGUGGAUUUUUUUUUUUUUUUUGCAAUAGA